AUGUCCUUGUCAACGAAUGUCGACCCCGAUCUACGAAUCCUCGAGCCGGAGCACCUGCCACUAGCCAUCAUCAUCAUAUCAUCCGUCUUCCUCGUCAUAUCGGUGAUAUGUGUCGGCGUACGAACGAGCGUGCGCCUCGUUGAGGGCACAUUUGGCCUAGAUGAUGGACUGAUGCUCGCGGGAACGGUGGUUUACGUACCAAGUGUGGGACUGACGAUAUACGGCUGCCUCGUCGGGUUGGGCACGUUGCAAGAAAAGCUCAACAUGUGGAUGUUUUCAGAGGCCCUCAAGAUCUACAUCAUCUGGAUCUUGAUAUACGUCGUCGCCCUCGCCCUCGUCAAGUCAUCCGUCUGCCUCACCAUCCAAAGAAUCAUUACGACGAACAAUGCUCUGCGCAUCACGGUCUGGGUCCUGCUCGGCGUCACGUGGGCUUCUUUCAUGAUCACUUUCAUCGGAACGCUGUUAUACUGUCAGCCGGUCGAGGCCAUCUGGACGCCCACAAUGAUUCUUAGUGGCGAGGGAACGUGCAGCUCUGUUGAUGUCCUCAUCGCCAUCGGCCACGUUGCGACGAGCUCGGCUAUUGUGACGGAUUUGGCUUUGGUUGUUGUGCCUGCUAUCAUUCUCUGGGGCACGCAGAUGAAGACGCAGACGAAGCUCCAGGUCUUUGGACUGUUGUCCUUUGCCUCGGUGGCAUCUAUCAUCACCAUGGUCCGUAUCCCCUAUGUCAACAAAUUCAAAGGCCAGACAGACCUUCAAUGGGCCUUUCCAGUCUGGGUCGCCCACACGAUGCUCUGCUCCAACAUCGAGACCGGAAUCGGCUGCAUCGCCUCAUCGGUCCCCUCGCUACGCCGUUUCAUCGCGCGAACCCGCGGCACGUCGGAAAAGACGAACCCGAGCGGGAGCGGGACCAAAACGGGUCUCUUCACCAUCGGAAGCAAGCCGCUCGAGCCCAGGAGCCGCGACCGAUUCCGCAACCCGACCGACGUGGGCUUCAGCCUGGCUACGGUGCACGGCAGAGGGGACGAGACCUGGGAACGCCUCCAGGACGGCGACUCAGAUAAGGGGGAUUUGCUGCCGAGCGACCAGAAGGGCGGCAUUCACGCGAAGUACACAUAUCAGGUCGACAUUGAAAUGUCACACGACAUGAGAGAUUCAGGAGGUCGUUCUGGGUCUCUGGAUCGUCACUGA